GUAUCGUUUGCUAUGCCAGUUUCAACCACCUAAACAAAUCGUUAACUAUAAUAAACAAAAGUUGAUUCUUAAUAUAAGAUCAUUCUUUUAAAUAAAGAUAAUUAAAGAAAACAGUGGAAGGAAAACUGGAUAACAAAGCCCAAGAGGAUAAUUUAGAACAAUGGGUCACUACAGACCUACAGUGAAGAUAAGAUUGUUCUUCCCGAAGAGGAUGGUGAAAAAGGACAAGUUGUUAAAAGUGUGAACAUUAUUUUCAACAUUUUAUUAUUUUAUCAAUAAAUCAGUGCCAUAUUCUGAAAGACAGUUUUGACUGAUAAGCUCGUAACGAAGAAACAAAACAUUCGGAAUCGUGAUUACUUUUACAGGAAAAAUCCCGAAUUUUGUGAGUGACUUCUUUUCCGAGGACCAUUCAGGUCAUGUCGUGUGCUAUUUUAUCUACGGGUCAGGAUAGAUUUAUCUAGAAAUUAUCUGCCCGAGUUAUUUCGAAUUGAUCGUGGUACAUCGUGCAAGGGAUGGACAAUAUUUUUCCAGGCAACGUACACGUUUCCCUUGGAAGCAUGUGUUGACGCAGCAUCCGGAAGUGAAACUAUUGUUGACUGAAUUCUGAAAGCUUUCGCUUUCAUUGUUCCAAAAAAACUUUAUUUUCAAACCUUGAGUGUUUUUCCUGCAUUUUUCCGAGAGUUCAAAUUUAAGAUAAAUUCCCAUUUUAUCGAAUAAUGUAUUUAAUCUGAUCGAAGAAGAUUAUAAAUAACAUAAGCUUACGUAAGACUGAUUUUUCGCGCCAAAAAUCGUGCCAAAGUGCGAAAGUACAACGCAACCAGUAUUUUAAGAGUAGGCUUUUAUUGUUAUUGUUAUUAUUGCAUUAUUUUACUAUAUUGAGUAGACUCUUUUCCGCGAGUGUAUAUUAUAGAAAGAUUUUAAGGCUGGGGGUUUAAGUAUUUAUAAUCUAGUUAUAUAUAAAAAGGAAUUCAAAAUGUUCCUGGGAAGCUUAGGAUAUUCUGGAUAUUCCAGUCCAAAUCAAAACAAUCUUCCAUCAUCGCCAACGAGGACAAGCGUCUGGGGUGGUUCUUUAAGCCCAUUCAGAAAUACAAAUAUGCCACUGCAGGACAUAACGAUGAAUCAAACUCUUCCUCUAGUCAAUGGGACAAAUGUGAAAUCAGUUGGGAAGAGCACUUCCGGAGGAGGAAUUAUUGGAAGUGCAGCAGGGAUUGUAGGAUCAGGAAGAACCUUGAAGGAAUACGAGGACAAACUUUGUGCCCUGCAAAAGGAGAAUUUUAAUCUCAAGCUUCGAAUUUAUUUCCUCGAGGAGAGGAUGGGCAUCACCUCUGCAGACGAAGACGCCAUUAAAAAGAAUAUCGAAUUAAAAGUCGCAAUCGAGUCGCUCAAGAAAGAAUUGGUUGAGAAGCAGGAACUUCUCAGCCAGGCGGCAACAGCAUUUGAAGUGAUAGAAGAACAAAAGGAGGCUUUUUCUAGAAAUCAGGCACAAUAUCAGUUGUCGUUGGGCCAUGAAAGGGAAAGGAUAGCGCAUCUCGAAAAAGAAUUGGCAGAGUAUAGGGAAAGAAUUUCUGAUGCCUCAAUGUAUUAUAAAGAAUCUUUCGGAAUAACCCCGGACCAGGCAAUGGAAAAUAUGGAAAAGCUACAUCAGAUGGAAGAACUCGUAGCUUCCCUAGAUGGAGAGGUGAAACAGUUAACAGGAAGCUUAGAAGAGGAGCGUAAUUGGGCGCAGGAAUUGGAAAAUGAGAAGGAUCAGUUGAAGGGACGUUUGGAAUCUGAAAUCGGACUGAGGGAAAAAUUGACAACCGAGAGAGAUCGAGAGAUUGACGGACUGAGAGAAAAGAUCAAGGAAUUGGAAGAGCAAGCUUUCAUGAAAGAUAGUUUUGCACAACAGUACAAAAAUGAGCUCGCUGAAAAAGAUCGAGUCAUUAAAGAGAAGAUGGCGAUUUUAGAGGAUAAGUGUAGGGCGUACGAGGAGAUUAGUGAAAUUUCUGAAAAGAGGAAGAAUCAGAUUCAUCAGUUGAGGCUUUCCCUUAAAUCGAGGGACGAUGCUCUUACGGAUCUCAAUACUAAACAUCGAGCCCUUCUCUCUCAGUUUGAAAAUGGCUACAUGAAACGAAGUUCGCCUCCAAACAGUCCAUCAACAAUACAUUCGUUAGAAGAUCCUUAUUCCCCAAGAUCAGGAUUCAGAACUAGUUGUGUUCCAAGCCCAACAAGAAGUCAAUUCGAAUGGGAAAUUAAUUCGGAUCAUUCUCCAAGGACCCUUCGAUCAUCAUGUUUGGACAACAGUCAACUCAACAUUCUAUCAAAGGAGGUGGAAGAAAGGGAUCGAGAACUGCAAAGACAAGAGGCAGCGAAAAAACAGUUGAUCCUAAAACUCUGUAACAUUCAACAAUCCGCCGAGGCAACGGACCAGAAACUAAAGAAGCUUGAAUCCGAUCACGAGAAGGCACUGAAAAUGAUCCAGGGAUUCAUGGAGCGACAGCAGCAACUGGAGGACAAACACUUGAAGAAAGACAAGAGGAUCGCCGAUCUCGAAUUGGAAAUUGCAAGGCUUCGCGGAUCCGAAAAAUCGAAAUUCAAGAAUAAUUCCUCCCUGCGAAGGAGUCUGAGUAACGAAAUGACAGACAACCCCGAAAGAGACAACAGCAAUCAGCAACGAUUUGAGGAAAUGGAAAGCAAGAUAAACGACCUAAGAGACGAAAUUGAUACUAUCAAGGCUGAAAAAAUUCGACUGGAAAAGCAGAUUCAAGUCGAGUCUGAGGAACUACAAGAAAAGCUACAAACCAAGGACCAAACAAUAGAGGUUCUCGAAUGUGAGAAAAACUCCAUGAAAGAAGAACUUCACGAUAAAAUGUUGGAAUUGAAUCAACUGAAAGAAGUGUACGACCAAGCGAGUCUCGAAUUUUGCAAUUCUGAUUUCAGCGACGACAAAGAAAAACUUCGCCGAGAAUUAUUCCUGAAAAGUGCAGAGCUGCACGACAGGAAUCAAAAGAUUGACCAGUUGGAGAAAGAAUUACAAGUGAAGACACAAAAUUUGCAAAAACUGGUGAACACAGAGCUGUGGAGCAAAAAUAAGGAAAUAGCGAAGCUUCACAAUCACAUGACAACUUCACAAAUGCUGGAAAAGUCUCGGAAUAAAUCAGAUAUCUCGGUGGAAAGUGCAAGUUCUCAGCUAAGUGAUUUAAUCAAAGAACUCAACGAUAUUGGCAUUAGCGUUAAAUUCACUGAUGAGGUCAUUCAACUUAAUUAUGUUAAUGGCAGCGAACCAAUCGAUGUAAAAACGAUGACGAAAUAUAUUCAAAAGCUGAUGGCUCAGAAGAAUGAAUUAGAAAAAGAAGUUGAUUAUUUGAAGUGGCUGAAAUUGGUUUCGAAACCUAAUAUUGCAGCUGAAUUAGACGGAUCGGGAUCUGAGACUGAACGAGUCAAGAAAUAUUGUGAAGUGCUUCGCAUGCAUCUUAAGGAGCUCGUCAAAUUUAUGAAAGACACCUUGAAAAACACCGACAACUCCGAUACAAUUAGCAACGAGCAGAAGAAAAUUGUCUUGGACGUCCUCCUAAGUUCCAAAAUCCUAUCCGACGAUUUCGUUCUCGCAUUGGAAGGAAUGUCGAUGAAGGAAAUAUUCGAAAGAAGUGCUCUGCAAAAGCUAAAAAUGGACGGAGUCGUGAAAAAGAGUAGAUCGGAGAACAUCCUGGACUACAUAAAAAAUCAAGCUUGCACUCUCUCAGAUUCGGAAACCUUUUCAGAACCCGACAGGACUGUUUCCUUGGCCAGAAUCGGAUUACGGGAGACGCAGCAAAAGUCUUCAAGUCGAUUGAGGUUCUCCAAAUAUACGAAAACCUGCAGCGACUCUGAAGAUUCUUUGGAUUACAUUCCAUACCAUAAAACCUACCAGAGUGAUUUGAAUGACGUUGAUACCGGUCAUCACAUUCAGGAGUUGAAGGAAACUAAUAAUCUCUUAUUUACUGAACUUAACGCUUUAAGGAGUGAUUUGGUUGCCAAGAGUUCUUUCGACAGUACUAUCGACGACAAACUAGUGCCUCUAAUAAUGAAACUAGAAAAAUCUCAAAGGUUCUGCGAAAAAUUACAAAACUCCCUAGAAAGAAGGAUACAGGAAUGUCAUGCACUGAAGAGAGAAAGCAAACAAAAUAGCGUGCGUAAAGCACAUUUGGAAAAGAAGAUAAUCGAUGUUGAAAAUAUGGCUGUCGAAAUGCAGAAGCAGAAGGCUGAAAUCUUACAGUACAAAGAAGACGCGGAAAGGAAGUCAGCUGAGAUGCUUGUCACGCUCAAUAGGGAGAAUGACACGUUGAGGUCGAAGAUAAAGAAGCUGGAGGAGGAUAAUGAAGCGGACAAAUCGACAAUCUCAAAUCUAACAAAAGAAUUGGAUCACCUCACGCUCCUUCACAGUCAAAUUCUCGUGGAAAAUACGAAACUAACAAACGAAAAAUUAAGGCUGGAACAGGAAGUGAGGAAGUCGGAGGGCAGAUACGAUAUGGCUGUUAGAAAUUUUCAAGAUAAAUUCAAUAAAGAGGUGACCGAGCUGAAUCAUAUCAAUGACUCGCACCGAGCGAGAAUCCAGGAACUUGAGGCAGUUAAUAAGGAACUUAGAAGACACGUUGUGGCUUGCGAAACUAGUGAUUCCGCCCCGAGUUCGAGUGGCGUUUCUUCUGUCCCUACUGAAGCUGCCUUGAAGCAAACUUGCGACGAUAUUCAGGAAUAUCAUUCCUACAACGGUUCUCAGUAUUGGUUGCCACUAAGUUAUCCGACAUCGACUGGUCGAAGCAAAUCAAGCUGCUCUCCCGACCUUGGAAUCGAAAGCGAUGCGGCAAUGACAAGCACAAGGCCAUUGAAAGAUACUCUUAAAAUUACGGAGUGUAUGACCAAUCUGCUCAGCGAGGACGAAAACUGCAAUAGCGAACAGAGACUGCGAGACUUAAGAAAUGAGAGCCCGCUAGCCAUAGAAGGUGGGCAUAACUAUAGUCUCGACGAAGUGGAAACGCUGAAGCAGGAAAACGAGGCAUUGAAGAAGAGAUUGAUGAAGACUCGAAAAGCCUUGGAGGAAACUUUUGAGCACCUCUCAGCCUCGAAUAAAAGCAAGAAAAACGUCGAAAAAGCCAUUACGCAACAAUUAAAAAUGACAAAAAAUAUUUUAAAGAAAACUAGAACCUUCGAUGAACCUUUCGACAACUAAAAGUUAACAAGAUUUUUGUCUCGCAGGAGGUGAAGCUCAAAAUUGCCUUAAAUUGGACCCUUUUGUUUUUGUCUUCUACUGUGCUGUUUUCGAUUCCAGUUUCAACCUUGUUACGUAAAUUUUCAUCUACAAUAUUCGUUAUUGUAAAACAGACUCUAAAUGUAAUAAGAAAGUAUUUUCAUACGUAAGGACGAUAAAGUGUUUAUGCGUAAAGUUUAUUUUAGCCAUUGAUCUCGGAAGUAGACUCUGUAUUUUUCCGAAAUUUGUACAUAUCUGAGUGUACAGAGUAAAAUGUGAGCGUAUAUUCUUAAAUGUUUUUUUUUUCUUUUCUUUUUUUUUACGAAGUUAACUACGAUGGACAUUUUAUUUUAAGAUUUUAAGAAAGCUGAUCGGAAUCGACUUUUCCGAUAGGCAACGACAAAUUUAUAUACUAGCGUGUAUAUAUAUAUUCACUAUGUGUCACUAAGGAGCAUCUGUACAUAGUCCACGAAUAAAGAGCCAUUCGAUGCCAUUCGAAA